AGAUUUUGUAAAGAGAAGCAGAUCGUCACUUUUUGAACUUACAAGUUUCCCAUGGCUCGUUGGCUCCAGCGGGCAGAGAAGCUGUGGGCACGUGAUAGUCGAAGGAGCAUGCGCAGGGGAAAGUGUAGAACGUGAAGCUUAGGCUCACUCGAAUCCGAAUACUGAACCAACCCUUCAGCAGAAAUGAAGAAAAGCAUAACACCAAACACAAGACGGCUUAGCCAAGGUCGACGGCGGAGUCGAGAAGUUUUCUUUUACUCAUUCCAAAUCCUUAAAGAAACGAAUUCCAAUUACAUUUUUCUCACUCUUCUCUUCCCAUUUUAACCAACGCCAACAAACAAACGAGAAACCCCAAAAAAUGGGAGGAGUUUCAAGAGAAGCAGAGAUGUCAAUGGCAGCUCUGUCUAUGUUCCCCGGCUUCAGGUUUUCCCCCAAAGACGAAGAACUGAUUCUGUUUUACCUCAAGAAGAAGCUCGAAGGCUCCGACGAUAGCGUCGAUGUCAUUUCCGAGAUCGAGAUUUGUAAAUUCGAGCCAUGGGACUUGCCUGGGAAGUCGAGAAUUCCUUCAGAGAAUGAGUGGUUUUUCUUCUCACCCAGAGGGAGAAAAUACCCAAACGGAACACAGAACAAGAGAGCGACGGAAUUGGGGUACUGGAAGGCCACCGGAAAAGAGCGGAAUGUGAAAUCAGGGUCUGAGAUUAUUGGUACAAAGAGGACUCUGGUUUUCCAUUUAGGACGUGCUCCAACAGGGGAGAGAACAGAGUGGAUUAUGCACGAAUAUUGCUUGAAUGAUAAAUCCCAGGAUUCUAAUUCCAUGGUGGUUUGCCGUCUCCGGAAGAACAAUGAUUUUCGCCGGAACAAUACCGACAAGGCGGCUUCUAGUAAAGUACAGGGAUCCGGCGAGGAAGGAGACGGCGGAGUUGGAGAGAAGGUUGGGGGUGAAAGCGACAGAUUUUCGAAGAACUGCAGUAGUAGUUUCGAUUCUCAUUCGCUGGAGCAAAUUGAUUCUGCCAUUGAAUCCAAUCACAAACAACCGUCCGAUCCGACGCUUCAUGAACCUCUCAGUCGGGAAAAGGGUAAUGGUGGAGACGAAGAGUUGUAUGCGGAUCUAUUGAAAGACGACAUAGUUACACUGGAUGAUAGCUUGGUAUGUACAACACAUAAUCCAACCUCUCUAAUCAUGAACUUCUCAGAAUCAGAGAAAUAUGACCACUUGCCUGCACAAACUGCCUUACCAGAGGUGAAGGCGUUGCCGUGUCAGGGCAGUGCCACUAGGAGAAUCAAAUUAAAGAAGCAGGAGCCUAACGACAAACAAAUGAACGUCACAAUUCUAACCUUUCUAUUUCUCAUCAUAUUUGUGGCUUGUUUUCGUGUAGUUUGGUGGUAGAGUAGCAUGUUUGUGCCAUUCAUUGUCACGAAUAAUUAUCAUUACAUAUACAUAUACAUUUAUUCCCUCUUCUUUGUAUAAUUGAAUUGUUACCACUUCCUAAUUAUGUGAAAUUAUAUGUUUUGGCCUUGCUCA